AUAAGGGAAAUUCGCUUUAGACUAGCUCCCACAAAGCUCGUUUGUCGUCAUCGCGAGCUUGAACCAAAAGCCAUGAACAGUGAGAAGGAAGACGAGCCAUUGGAAGAGAUCGGCGAUUCGAGUAAUGUUCUCGAUCUCACUAGCUAUCAGCUCCACAGUCUCGAUACGGUGGAGUUACUGCCGACCCUGAUUGAGCUGGACCUAACGGCGAACCGUUUGUCGGGAUUGGACUCGAGGAUCGCUCAGCUCUCGACGCUCAAGAAGCUUUCUCUUCGCCAGAACCUAAUUGAUGAUUCCGCCGUCGAACCGUUGUCUCACUGGGACGCCUUGUCCGAUCUCGAGGAGCUGAUUCUCAGAGACAACAAGCUCGCAAAAGUACCAGAUAUCAACAUAUUCACGAAGCUUUUGGUUUUCGACAUAUCUUUCAAUGAAAUCACUUCGUUGGAAGGAACAUCCAAGGCAUCUAGCACACUGAAGGAACUCUAUGUGUCUAAAAAUGAAGUUAACAAGAUUGUGGAGAUCGAACACUUACACAACUUGCAGAUUCUUGAACUGGGGUCUAAUAGAUUGCGGGUAAUGGAAAAUCUGGAAAACUUCACAAAAUUAGAAGAAUUAUGGCUCGGAAGAAACCGUAUCAAAGUUGUCAACCUGUGUGGGCUCAAAUGCAUAAAAAAGAUUAGCUUGCAGAGCAAUCGAUUGACCUCUAUGAAAGGAUUUGAGGAAUGUGUUGCUCUUGAAGAGUUAUAUUUGAGCCAUAAUGGUAUCUCCAAGAUGGAAGGCUUGAAUGCAUUGGUCACCCUACGGGUAUUGGACGUGUCUAACAACAAGCUUACUUCAGUUGAUGACAUUCAGAACCUCACAAAGUUGGAAGAUUUAUGGCUUAAUGACAACCAGAUAGAAUCACUUGAGGCAAUCACAGAAGCUGUUACAGGAUCUAAAGAGAAGCUUACAACUAUCUACCUCGAAAAUAACCCCUGUGCCAAGUCUUCUGAUUAUGUUGCUGUGGUCAGACAAAUCUUCCCGAAUGUGGAGCAAAUAGAUUCUAACUUAUUUGCUUAAAGAUGGAUAUAUUCCUUGUCGUGCUUUUUUAUGAGUGUCUGCUUCCUCAUGGUUGAGACUUGAGAGCAUGGGCAUCGAAUUCAGGAAAUCAGGUAAAACACAGAUUCCUCGAAAUAUACAUGUGUCUGGUGUUUAUCAUAAAGAAGUGCAAAAGAGCUAAUGAAAUCGCUCUCGUCAUGGAUAUUUAUCAAAACGUUUUGAAAUUCUAGUGUUCCCUUGCAAGUAAACCGAUACUUGUUUUUGGUCUGUAACAGUAUGUGGACUGUGUCUGUAAAAGGGAAUCUCCGAGUUUGAGGUGGUCUUUGUUCCAAGUUUCAACCAACACUAAUUUGAAUACUUUGAUUCAUAUUUUUGACUUUGCCCAUGGCGUUCUUAUCUUUAUAGUAUCAUGUGAUUGUUCAGUAUUGAAAAGUUGCUGUUACACAUUUUACUACUUUUUGGUAACUUGUUACAAGUUUUGGCCUUUUGGGCUUCUAAUCUU